AUGCACCAGGUUGACCUCUUUGGACAGAAAUCUGAACAGAAAGGUGAAAGAAAGUGGGAGGGGAGCACUCCUCUCUUUAUCAUCACAGAAGGAAAGAGCAAAACUAGUGCAGAGAAAAAUGUAACAAAAUUAAAUUUGGAGAAGUGCGAACAGGCAUCAAUUUUACUUGACAACCUCAGUACAUUUGAGGAGAUAAGUAACAUUGAAGAGGGGCCAUGUUAUAAGACUAACGCAGUCGAUAAUGCUUCUGUAUUUAAUUGGCAAAUAAGGAAUGUGGAGGGGAAGUCUCCUUUGAGUGGGAAACUCACAGAAGAAGAUUUGAUCUGCAACCUGUAUAGAUAUAUAGGUGUACCGGGGGCUGACAAGGGGGUUGUCUCUGAAUGGAAUUCCUAUACGGGGAAUGGUAUCCCCAGAAACGGAGAAAACAUAAAUUACCAUGCUCACAUGGAAGAUGGUGAAGAGGUGCAAAGAGAUAAUUAUAAAAGGGGGGAAAACAUAAGACAUUCGCCAAGAGGUGACUCCAUAACAUCACACUACAGCGGGAAGAUACAAGCAGUGUGCCCUAAGGAUGGAAACAAUGUUAGGACAAAGAAAAAGGAGAACGUAAAUAAAUACGUGUUCAAUUUGAGGACAGGUAAGAAAGAACUGAUAAAAGACAAAAAAGGAAAUUUUACGAACCCAGAAAAGACCAUUACAUAUGUAAACAAAUGCGAUAGGAAUGAGGUAGACUAUCGGAAGGAGAAGAAGUUGAAGGAACAAGCACGGAUGCAUGGGGAAGAAAAGGAAAAAAUGAAAAAGAACUUCGAGGAAAUGAUAAAAGGUAUAAGAGAAAAAUAUCAAACGCAGGAAGAAAAAGAGAAAAAACUAAUAAGAAGCAUUUAUAGCAAAUAUAUGAACAUGCGGAAUGAACUCAGCAAAAUGAAGAGCAUCACUGAAAAUGUAAAGUCGGAAAAUAAAAAAUUUAAGGAGGAAGUAAACAGAUUAACUGCCAACCCUGUGGAGAGCACUUUACUCGAUGGAUAUAAAAGCAAAUUAGACGAAUACAUUGUCUUAGCUAACUGUAAGGGGAAUAAGAUUCAGCAAUUGGAGAGGGAAAUUGAAUCCAUGCGUUCCUCCGCAGAGUUGCUAGCCAGAAGGAACUCAACUUUAGUGGAGGAGAAAAGACGUCUACUCAAGGGCAAUGAAAUUUUGAAGAGGAGUAACGUACAGCUGCAAAUGGAUUUUGAAAAUGCAAGGAAGGAGAACGAACAACUGAGGAACGAACUCUUUUACAAGGACAUGAAAAUGAACUACCUGGUGAGCAUUUUGAAUGUUGUCGAUGAGACGAUCCUGGGCGACAGCGGGUGCGGAGAAGUUCAACGGGGAAAAGCGGCUCAGGGGGCAGGAACGACUGAGAGAGGGGGCCACGAGGGGAAUCGCCAAACGGACAAGCACACCUCUGCUGACGAUGCGAAGAACAGUACCCAUCGCCCCACGAAGCCGGAGGCGUGUGCCAUCCAGAAGAUGAACAAGAAAAUAUUGAUAAAAUCGAUCGUCCAAAAAAUAAAAGACAUAAAUAAAAAGGUCCGCAGGGGGGAGGAAAGAAGAGUGGGAGCGUUACGGAGCAAUGUGGGGGUUGCUCAGGAGGAGGCAUGCCCAGAGGUAAUCAAACAGAAUGACAAAGACGGAGGAAGGGAAAAACAAAAUGGAAGUAGCCAAGUAAUGGAAGCCUAUUUCAAUUCCGAGAAUUUUACUCUGAGCGAGAGUGUACGGGAGGCGUCAACGGGAGAAAAUGCGCACGCAGCUUUUUUCGUCAAUGUUCCUAACGCAGACGGCAAGCCUUUUAACCACUGUACAGAUGAGUUGGACCAAGUAGGGGAGGACCCCAGCGAUAUUGUCUGGGUUACGGGGGGAGACAACAAAGCGGAACGGAGCGACGAGGCAGAGUAG